GACAUUGACAACUAAAGUGGCGCUUGUCCUGUCUGUCUUGUCUUCUGGCUUGCAUUAUUUUUAUUGCAUGUUUAUGUAAAAUGAUAGAAAUAGUAAUUUUUACAUUGUUAUUUUGUAAACUCUGUGCAUACACUGUUUUGUUUCGUAAUAAUUAAUGAAAAAUUUGCGGAAUCAGUUAAAUUUACGGUUCAUAUCUUGUAAAUAUCAAGACGAUGCGUGCUCGUAAUAAAUCGCAGGCAGAAAGCUCUAUAACAAGCAUUAGAACCUCAAACGGCAAGAAAAAUCUUACGGAGAAGUGCCGAGUGUGUUUAAACGACGGAGAAAUACCAAUAUUCGGCGAUAAUGACAUUUCUCACGAUGUCACUGACUUUGGAAAGAUCGAAAUCAGUAAAGAUGAUAACCUACCACAAUAUUUAUGUGAAGGCUGCUUCACUUUGUUGGAAGCUGCCAUGCUAUUUAGAAAAACUGCGAAAGAAUCCGAAGAAGCUCUCAAAAGGAAUGAUAAUGCAGAUAGCGGUACAGAAGGUUCAGAUGAACUAUUCAUUAAAAAAGAAUAUCUUGAGUUAGUGUACAGCUCUGAAUCAGAAUCCAAUGAUUUUGGCCAAAUUAAAGAGGAACCUGUAUCUGCAGAUGAAACAAUGUAUCCAUCUACAGUUUCUGAAACUGACAUGCAGGAUCAUGAUAAUGAUAAUUAUUUAGACAUAGAUUUCCUUAAAGAAGAAGAAAGUAACCAUUCAUCAGAAUGUAAUAAGGAUGAAAUGAUAAUGAUUAUUGUCAAUGACAAAGAUAAAGAACAAGCUUCACAAACUGACAAAAGUCUCAUAAAAAUACUUCCCAAUCAAAUAGAAUGUGAUGUUUGCCAUACUGCUGUUCUCAAAACAUCAUACAAACAACAUUUGAUAGAACAUAGAGAGAAAUAUAAAGAAAAAUGUAACAAAAAGUAUAGAAAAGUUGAAUGUGAACAUUGUGGCAAAAAAAUAAGCAAAUCAUACCUCAAACAUCACUUGAAAUUGCACAGCUCAGAUGAAAACCAAGCGGACAGAUUAAUUGAAUGUAAAAUGUGUGAGAAAAUGUUUAGCAUCCGUUACUUCAAUGAUCAUGUCAGACGUAUGCAUAGUAAAACUAGUCAGGAAAGAGUUAAGACUAAAGAAGAGUCUCAACAACCCUCCAACUAUCUGAAAUGUCCUGUUUGUGACAAAAUGAUUGGAGAUACCUUGUAUAAAGAACACUUGGCCAGACAUGGGUCAGGCUUCAGGCGCUUCAUUUGUGACAAAUGUGGGAAGGAAUUCAAACACCAAUCAGCCUUCAAAACUCACUGCCUCACACAUGGCAGCGAGUUGAAGUAUAAAUGCCAAUUUUGCCCUUAUCGGGGCUUGCAUCAAGCACUUCUAAAAAUUCAUGUGAGGACUCACACAGGAGAUUACAAUUACAAAUGUACAGAGUGCCCUGCCAAAUUCGCAACAAAGAGUAACUUGUCUAAACAUCUUGAGAGGCACAAAGGGAUAUUCAAAUUCAAAUGUGAGGAGUGUGGGAAGGGCUUCUAUUUUAAAAGGGAUCUUGAAAGACAUGCCCAGAAUGUUCAUACUGCAGUUAAAAGUCAUAUUUGUGAGAUAUGCGGUAAAGCAUUUGGGCACCGGGACAAUAUGCUCGGCCAUCAGUUAAGAGUACAUAAAAGAGAUAAGAUCAUACACAUAGGCAGAAUGCCUUCGUACAUGAGACCAGAAUUUAAUCAACCUGAAUAAUUAUUAUUACGUUUUGACUUGCUAUAAUUAUUAGAA